AUCGGAUUGGAUGAUCGACAUGAACGGCGAUGUGGAUCAGGAGGGCUGGGCCUACAGCACCCACUUUGCAAGCGGCAGCUGGAAGGGCACCUGCAGCACCGUACACUACGUUCGCAAGCGCAAGUGGACUCGCACGAAGCGCAUCCGCACCAUCACCGACCCCGCCCAAGCGGUAGUCAAAGGCGAGGCCGGGUCGAUGCAAUAUCUACAUCAUCCCGUCAAGCCCGGCCAAUUUCCCCUGGGAUUCCCGCCGCUGCCGGCUCUGCCCCCAAGCGCAACGAGCGAGCCUCAGUUUGAGUUUUUCUGCAAACUUCAGGGUACCCGGCUGGAUCGAGAGCGGCUCGAGUGCAUCAAGGGUCUUGCAGACACACCGGAGUGCACCCGGAUCCUCAAAGAACAUUACCCACAUAUCAUCCAGGCCUUUGAACACGAGGCAUACCAGCUCAAAGCAGCCAUGCUCAUAGGCAAGCGCCUGGACAACAGCGACCGGAUCGAGCUCGCCAAGAUGGUCCUGGAUGGAUUUGCAUUCUUUGCGAGCGGACAGGAGCUCCUCAAGGUUCUGGAGAUCAGCCCUGCCUGUCUUGAGGGGCACACAGCUUGAUUAGAAAGAAAUGAGCCAGUGUAUCUGUGAGGGGCACACAGCUUGAUUAGAAAGAAAUGAGCCAGUGUAUCUGUGAGUGCCCUCCCCCUCAACCACAUCAACCACUGCCCC